AUGAGAAUACCAAGUUUUUUUAUAUCCAGUAAACUUAUUCCUAUGGAUAUGUGUGCGCCUAUUCUUGGUGGAUAUUGCAAACGUGAUCUCGAUUGUGAUUCCCAGACCAUGGAAUGUGUUGCCAAUAAGUGUCAAUGCAAACCGAAUUUCACAGAAAUGUCUACAAAUCUUUGUAUUGAGACAAUUAAUGUUUACUCUUGCCGCGAGCCGUCAGAAUGCAGUGACUCGUGGCAUUUCACCUGCUCACCUCACGGAAAUUGCGUUUGUCAAACAAAUAACACUGCUAUCAGUCACGCAACUUGUCUUCCUACUUUAGGAGGACUUUGUUGGAAAGAUGAUCAAUGCAUGGCAACGAAAUCUAUUUGCGUUGAUUAUCGGUGUGCAUGCAGAGAGGGUCAUAUACCAGUUGCUGAUAAUUUCUGCGGGAUUGCUGACUAG